UUACUAAACUAACGACUCCCUCUCUCUCUCUCUCUCUCUCUCUCUCUCUCUUUUCAGCUUGUAUUAAAAGGAAAUCCAUAUGAUCUGUGCCACCACUCGCAUUAGUUCUUGGGUCGACUACUGCUGCUAAGCAUGGACAGAGAAGAGGGCAAAUUGGUGGUCAUGGGACGGGCAGAGAUCGAUACACGACCUCCUUUCCAGUCUGUUAAAGAAGCAGUCAUGUUGUUCGGAGAAAAAGUUUUAGUUGGAGAGAUUUAUGCCAACAAGCUCAAAGAGAUGCGAGCAAAUGAAAGUGGGCAUUCCAAGUCCAGAAUGGGGGCUUUAGCAGCUGAGCUUGAGGAAAAGAAACUAAGCCUCCAAAAAGCAAGAGAAGAGACUGAAUUAAUGGUCAACUGCAUAAGAUCUCUUGGAGAAGAACUAGAACAAACAAAGAGAGAGCUGCAAUGGCUGAAGGCAAGGGAAAUGCUUAAGAAGCAACCUGUUAUUAUUGAUGAUUCUGAGAUUGAAGACCUCAAGUUCAUUGAAAAUGCAACCAAAGUGGAGAUGAAGAACCAAAUUGAUGAUGAAGCUGAGUUUGGAAAGAAGAGAUAUGUGAAAUUUGCUAGCCCUCCUUCAUUGACUAAGGUCAUUGUUACCAAAGAGGAAAUGCUUAAGAGACCUCCUUCAACUAAAAAGACCAUGAAGAAAAGGUCCCUAGUCCCUAUUUUAGGGUGGUUAUUUUCAAGAAACAAGGGAAACCAAGAGGGUGAAUCUCCUACAAGUUGAGGUUAUCACUGGCCAGCUUAAAAAAAUGCAAAUUACCGUACAGGGGAAUUAUCAAGAGCACACUAAAAA